CAUGUUGCUGUAGUAUUAGGUCAGUAAUUUUUUUACCCCUCUCUUUCAGAUCGGGGCUUUUCUCUUGAUUUCCAAACCGCAGCAAAGACCCUGCAAGACAUGAGUCAAGCUUAUGAAGAGCUAGCAGAAAUGAGCAGCCAGGGAAUUUCUUUACCAAGCCUGUGGCAAGGCUACAACAAAAGGCAAGAGCAUGCCUCUAUUCCAGAUGAGACCCAUCUGCCUUCCCAUCCCAUCAGAAGAAAUGGAAGAAACAAACAGCAGAUACCUGUCUUUGCUCUGAGCAAGUCAGAACCAAACAUAGCAGCUCCUCUGCUGCGCUCUAACUCACUUCAGGAUAUUAAAGCACAGAUUCAGCAAAGGCUGAAAAUAACUAACCAAGAAAAAGUAAUCAAUCACUCAAAUAAGGAAUCUUUGGCAAGUAUGAAAGCCAGGCCUGCAAGGACUCCAAGGCAUCUAUCUCCAUUGGAGGUUAAAACAGAUGUUCAUAAAGCACAAGAGAAGAGAUUACUACAUUUCAUUAAUUCUGUUCCAUUCAAACCACCUGUUUUACUUCCUCUCUCUCCUCGUCCCCAAGCAUCACAAAUAAGAAAAAACAUGUUAACAAGUAGCAGAGCUGACAGUCAGGGGGGAAGCUCCAGUAGUUCAAGUACUCAGGGGUCCCUAGACGAGGAUUACUGCAAGUCAGAAGUAAUUCACAGACAACUUAAAGACUGUAAAGAUGAAUCUGAGCAGAAGUCUGACAUUGAAAGGCAAGUCAAUGUUGCUGUAAAGGUUGACACAGACUUUCAGAAUGAACCUAAGGUAAAACAAUUUAACUGUGUCCUAAAAGAUACAGAUACAGCACAAGAACAAAGGACUGCUGAAGGAGAUCAAAACACUGUCUUCAUAGAACCAAACAACUAUGAACAACCAUUAAUAAGAGCUAUUGAUUCAAAACAGAUGAAACAGGUAGCCUCCAAACAUAACUUUGUUGAGAUAUGUUGUGACCUUCGUAACGACGAGAUCAAACCUGACCUACAGGAUGCAUUGGUUCCAGUUGCAGGAGAGAAAAGAGACUGCAAUGACAAUGGAGGUAAUCCGGCAGUCACUGAUGAGUCCACUUUUGGAAAUGAAGAGUUGCUACCUGUUGUACAUAUCACAAUCUCAGAAGCAGAGCUUGAGACCAGAGAAGAGACAAAAAUACCAAAGAACAAAGUCAAAAUAAAGAGUGUGCAUAUAAACGUUAACCACAGCUUUAACAUUAUAGCUCAAGAAGAAUAUGUUAAGACUAGAAAAGAGACAAGAUCAAAUUUUAGGAUUAAGUCAUCUCCAGCAAAUCUCAAGCCAAACUCUAGAAGGUCUCAAGAUCUGAUGAUGAAAGGUGAAUCCACAACAAAGCAAGAGGGCUUUCAGUCAAAUAAUGAAAAAGUGCAUCCCAACCGUACUGGGUUACCUGCGCUACCAAAUGGAUGCACUGCCCCAUCAAAAGCGAGAAUCAAAGCACACCCAGUAAAAAGAAAAUGUUUCAUGAAAAUUGCUACAUUGCCCAAAAACCAGCCUCUUCCCCUUAUCUACAGAAGUGUUCACCAGGUCAAGAAACAAGGAACUGGUUUAACUCCAAGAGCAAAGUCUGCCGCAGACCUCUUACAACUCAACUACGAUGACAUGUUCAAAGAAAUCAACUCAAAUGAGGAAGGACCUGGAAUAUAUGAAAUGUUUGGUACACCAGUAUAUUCCAACAUAAGGGUAUCCACUGCAUCUGGAAGCAGAUCUUCCAGGGAGGUACAGUCUGCUCCACCAGGAAAGAGUUCUGGACGCAAACCUUCAAAAUCUAGCAAAGCAACCGAAAGCAGCAGGUCAAAGAAAACACCACAUGGGAAGCUGAAUUCGGUGAAUCUCAAACAAAAAAACAAGGAUGUUUUGAAGAAAGGGAAACACCACAAGCAGCUGCUCAGCAAUGAGGAGCAGGAGGGUAUUGUAUUUAUUUCUGGUCCAGACUGGCACAUAAAGACAUCGAAGAGCGAGGUGCUCUUCUGUGAACCAGGUGGCAUGAAUGACCUUCAAACACCUGAGGAUAUUCAGAUACCCCAGGCAAUAGAGCUUGAAGAUCAAACACUCAUUGGGAAAAUUCAAACACAAUUGCCAGACAGAACAAUCGCUUCUGUAAGUCCUAACUGUGUACACAAUAGAGAUCUGCCGGGUAUUCCGAUUCUUGUUCAUGAUGCUGGUUUGGCCGAGAGUGAUGAGGAACCUAAUGAACUAGAUCCUUGUGUUCCCAAAGGCGAAUCAUUCGUUUGUGAUGAUAGCCAAAAUAAAGAGGCUUCAGGUUUCCAUCAGAUAACAAAACAGGACACUUGCCCAACUCCACCCAAAAUCAACACCUGGACUUCUGUGAGUAACAGAGUGGUUACUCCGACAUACCAGAGGUUUCUGGAAUCUGCGAGCAAUGAUUUGACAGACGAGUUAUUACGUUGCUUAGCGGAGGAGCUAUUAUCACUGGAUGAAAAGGACACUGGCAACUCUCUUGAGCAAAACUACCCAAGUCCAGAAGAGAAUAAUAAUGUACCUGAAGAAGCUAUCUCUCAACCACAGGAAAGAAGCAACUGCAAAUACAUAAAAGCUAAAAACUAUCAACCAUCACUGGAUCAAACGUCUGAUAAGUUGUCAAAAACUCCUAGCAUAUCUCUGAGUAACUCUGAUAGUUACAACACUAAGGAUGCCAUUACUUGGACCAAAGGUGACAUUCUUGGCAGAGGUGCAUAUGGAACGGUGUAUUGCGGUCUCACCAGUCAAGGCCAGCUGAUAGCAGUGAAGCAGGUUGCCUUGGAUUCUUCAGAUCAAGCCACUGCAGAGAAGGAAUACCAGAGACUCCAGGAAGAAGUGGACUUGCUAAAAACUCUCCAUCACAGCAAUAUUGUAGGUUUCCUUGGAACCUGUCUUGAAGUAAACAUCGUGAGCAUCUUUAUGGAGUUUGUUCCGGGUGGAUCUGUUGCCAGCAUCAUCAACCGCUUUGGACCUCUUCCAGAAAAGGUGUUUGCCAUUUACACAAAACAGAUCCUGGAAGGGGUUGAAUAUCUGCACAAUAGCUGGGUGAUCCACAGAGACCUCAAAGGGAACAAUGUUAUGCUUAUGCCCACUGGUAUUAUAAAACUCAUAGAUUUUGGCUGUGCCAAGCGUUUGGCUUGUUUGAACAUGACAGGCACCAACAGCGAAAUGCUCAAGUCUAUGCAUGGCACUCCAUACUGGAUGGCACCAGAAGUCAUCAAUGAGACUGGGCAUGGCAGGAAAUCAGAUAUCUGGAGUAUUGGAUGUACUGUGUUUGAAAUGGCAAUGGGUAAACCACCACUUGCUCACAUGGAGAGGAUGGCAGCCUUGUUUUACAUUGGUGCACAGAAAGGACUUAUGCCGUCCUUACCAGACCACUUCUCAGAAAAUGCCAGGAACUUCGUCCAAGCUUGUUUAACAAGCGAUCAACGAGAAAGACCCUCUGCUAAACAACUACUGGAGCAUCCUUUCAUCAAGCGAGAAAAAUAAUGAAAUCAUCAGCCAUUAAGCCCAAGAUGUGAAACGGAAGUGACGAGACGCGAGAAUGUCAUAACUGUUGACGCUCUCAUAUACAACCUGGAGAAGAAGAAUCAAGACACAUUGUCCUUUAUUUGUUACAAUAUGCACCGUUUACAAGUAAACGUGAUCAGACGGGGGUUAAAAGAUGUUGGCAGAACAAGUCAGAUCCUCAUUGGACCUAUUCUGAAAGGUGCUAUACACAAAGAACCUUCAUAUUAACAUAUCAAUGUGCAGCACCACAGCAACAGAGAGGUCGCAGGUUAACAACUGCAGUUCAGAAAAACUAUACUUUUGGGGAGUUUCUGUGCCAAGGUCAAUAUUAAGCUAGAUUGGAUAUGUACUGUAUAUAAAUAAUUUCUAUUUUCUGUGUCUAAAAAUUAGUUUACCAAAAUUAACUUAACAUUGUAUUUAAAAAAAUAAUAUGAAGAAUUGUAAUAAAUAAUUAACUAGAGUGCUCUGGAUUGCAUACUGUACAACUCAUACCCGGUGAAUUAAAAGUAGAAAAA